UAAAGGCGGUGGGGCAGGCGAGGGCGUCUCUGGCAGGUCCAUAAAGGCGGCGGGGCGGGCGCGGUCCCUCAGGGCGGUGCCGGGGCGGUUCAGGACGCGGACAGCGCUGCGGGCGGGGCGAUGGCGGCGGGCGGGCGGCCCGAGCAGCCGCCGGCGGAGCCCGGGCGCUACGUGGUGUCGCGGCCCGUCUACAGCCAGGCGGGCUUCCAGGAGGAGAACGAGCGGCGCCCCCCGCCGCCGCCCACCCUCCGCGAGAGGCUGCAGCGGGCGAGCAGAUGUUCAAGGAAAAGGGCCUUCCAGAUCACCAAGUCCUUCCUGCCCAUCCUGGAGUGGCUGCCCAACUACCGGGUGCGAGAGUGGCUGAUCAGCGACCUCAUCUCAGGGGUCAGCACCGGCCUUGUUGCCACCCUGCAAGGUUUGGCAUAUGCUUUGCUGGUUGCAGUUCCUGUCGGAUAUGGUCUCUAUUCUGCCUUUUUUCCCAUCCUGACAUACUUUUUCCUGGGAACAUCAAGGCACAUCUCAGUUGGUCCAUUCCCUGUAGUCAGUUUGAUGGUGGGAUCUGUGGUAUUGAGCAUGGCCCCUGAUGAUAAUUUUCUCAUAGAUGGCAUAAAUGCUACUGGGACUAAUGGUACUGGAGCACUGAUAGACAUUGAAUCCAGAGAUGCACAGAGAGUCCUGAUUGCUAGUACCCUCACAUUUCUGGUUGGAAUUUUACAGGUAGUAUUUGGAGUCCUUCAGAUUGGUUUCAUUGUGAGGUACCUUGCAGAUCCACUAGUUGGGGGAUUCACAACUGCAGCUGCUUUUCAAGUGCUUGUGUCACAAUUGAAAAUAGUCCUAAAUGUUUCAACAAAAAACUAUAACGGUGUCCUUUCCAUAAUAUAUACCCUUAUUGAAACAUUUGAAAAAAUUGGUACCACCAACAUUGCAGAUCUUAUUGCUGGACUCCUCACCAUUUUUAUCUGCAUGGUAGUUAAAGAAAUAAAUGAUCGGUUCAAACACAAGAUACCUAUACCUAUACCAAUAGAAGUUAUUGUGACAAUAGUAGCCACUGGCAUUUCAUAUGCUGCUGACUUGGAAAAAAAAUACAAUGCAGGCAUUGUUAAGAGCAUUCCAAGAGGAUUUUUGCCUCCCGAACCUCCAGAUGUCAGCCUGUUUUCCCAGAUGAUAGCAGCCUCCUUUUCCAUUGCUAUUGUUGCUUAUGCUAUUGCCGUAUCUGUGGGGAAAGUAUAUGCAACCAAGUAUGACUAUGCUAUUGAUGGAAACCAGGAGUUUAUUGCCUUUGGCUUGAGCAACAUUUUUUCAGGUGCCUUUUCCUGUUUUGUUGCAACUACUGCUCUUUCGCGGACUGCAGUCCAAGAAAGCACUGGCGGAAAAACUCAGGUUGCUGGUAUAGUCUCAGCUGUGAUUGUUUUGAUUUCUAUUGUUGCCCUGGGGAAAUUGCUAGAGCCCUUACAAAAGUCUGUGUUGGCAGCUGUAGUGAUAGCUAACUUGAAAGGGAUGUUCAUGCAAGUGUUUGAUGUUCCCCGUCUUUGGAGACAGAAUAAAGUGGAUGCUAUGAUCUGGGUUUUUACAUGUGUAGCAUCCAUCAUUCUGGGACUUGAUUUGGGAUUACUUGCUGGCCUUCUGUUUGGAUUGCUGACGGUUGUGCUGAGAGUUCAGUUUCCUUCAUGGGGUGGCUUUGGAAACAUUCCUGGCACAGACAUCUACAAGAAGGUCAAGGACUACAAAAAUGUUAUAGAACCAGAAGGUGUGAAGAUUCUCAGGUUUUCAAGUCCAAUUUUUUAUGCUAACAUCGAUGGACUGAAAAGCAGCCUUAAAUCCACAGUGGGAUUUGAUGCAGUCAAGGUAUAUAACAAGAGACUCAAAGCACUGAGGAAGAUACAAAAGCUAAUCAAGAAGGGAAAAUUAAAAGCUACUAAGAAUGGCAUCAUCAGUGAGCCUGGUAUUAAUAAUGAAGCUUUUGAGACUGAUGAGGAACCGGAAGACAAUGAAGAUCUUCAAGUUCCCACCAAAGAAGUAGAGAUCCAGGUGGACUGGAAUUCAGAACUCCCAGUCAAAGUUAACAUCCCCAGGGUGCCCAUCCACAGUCUCAUUCUUGACUUUGGAGCAGUAACCUUCUUGGAUAUUGUAGCUGUGAGAUCAAUAAAAACGAUAAUUAAAGAGUUUGAGAGGAUUGAUGUGAGAGUAUACUUUGCCUCAUAUCAAGAUAACCUUAUAUCACAACUGGAACGGAGUGCCUUCUUUGAUGAUAUUGUCAGAAAAGACAUGUUCUUCCUGACGGUUCAUGAUGCUGUGCUCUACAUACGGAAUCAAAUGACGUACAGGGAUAACCAGGAUCCCAUAUUUGAGAAGAUUUCACUCAUGCAGGAGUCUAAAGAACCCAUAGAAUUCACAGAAACAAGCCGUCCUGAUGAUGAACUUGAUGUUCAGGAAGAGGCGAUGCGCAGACUUGCUUCAUGAGGAUGGACUGCUGGGACUGUCUUACCUGUGAACUCACAGCAAUAUUUAUGCACUGGUACUAUAGAAACAUUUUCUGCAAUGAAACCAAUCUUUGCACUAGGAGAAAACCCUGAUUGUUUGUCUGAAUGAUAUAGAUCUCUAGAAAUCUCCAAAUUCUAGCUAACGUUAUCUCAGAAAUAUUCUGGACCUUGAUUCAGCAAGCACUUUCCAAUAUGAUAUAUUGAUUAAAAAAAAUCAGAAGACUAUUAUGAAAGAUGUAUUCAGUCUUGGAACUAGUGAGGGAGAGAUGCAUCACACUGUUUUAUCAGUGUAUACAGGGCAAAAAGCUGCUUUGUGGUCUGCCCAGGAGAGUUGAAGAGACUAAAACCUUUGGAUGGCAAGCCUUUUGUUCUGUAUUUGUACAAUGCCUAGCAAAAAGGCAGGAGUUCCAGCUGGCCAAGGGUUUGCAAUUUUGGAACGUUAGUAUGAGCACAUGUGCUAGCAAGUCUUGAAAAACGUAUCACGAUCACUUUUUCCAAGCAAUUCCUUAAACUGCUGCAGUUUGUUAGGUAACUGAAACAGGUGUCAGGUGAAACAGUCACACGAACAGAAAACAGCACUGAACUACUAUAAAACUUUAAAUAGGAUAAGUUUCAAUAGAAAAGACCAUUGGAUAUCAAUUCAUUAGUUCUGUACUAAUCCCAUGGUAGCAAAUCAUGCACUACUAUUAAUAUUGAUCCCUAAAAUGAAGUAUACACAAAAAAAUUAUUUUGGCUAGGUUAACUAUCUUUCAUCAAAAGGCAGAUCAUGACAUAAAUCAGACAAAGGAAAACCUUAGUCCCCAAGUACUUAAUGGAAUCGGUAGAACAGGCUGCUACUGAGCGCAAGUAAGAAGUCAGAAUGUGACCUAGUAUAGAAGUUUGCGGGGUUUUUAAGUGGAAGAUAGGUGUUUAUUUACUUUACUUAAUAGUUAUAUUUUUAUAUAGCAUAUUUUUUCUUUUAAUAUUCUACAUCAAACUGCUGCUGUUCUUUUAUAUUCGACAGUCCAUAAUGCACAAGUGCAAUAAUUUACAAAAGAUAAAGGAUUUGACCUGCAAAACUUUAAUCCUUACUUUAGGACUAUAUAAAAUAGAUAUCAGAAAUCAAUGUUCUUACUUUUGAUGAAGAAAUGUGUUUUGAUGGAAAGCAGAUUGAUACCUUAAUUUUUUUAGCACUACACUAAUUUUUAAAUGGAAAAAAGCCCUGCAUGGUGAAGGAACAGAUAGAUAGUUACAAAAGUGUAAGAAACAGCCAGGUAUAAAAUCCCAUGAAAUUUCACAGUGUGGGCUACAGUGUGUUCAUAUAUUUAAGCCUCCUUACCUGAUUAAGUCAGAGAAAUUUCCCUAUAUUGCACUGCACAAAGAAGAUUUUUGCUGCAAUUAAUGUUAGCAGAAAUCCUCAGGUAAAAGCUAAGCACUAAAUAACUUACUCUGUCCUAAGGACCUGAGUGAAUUCUAUCAAAAUCAGUGAAAAAAAAUCCUAUAAACUUCAGCCAGUCAGACAGUAUCUCACAGCGGAUAACAGCACCAGAACGACAUCUUUAUUCUCUAAUUAAGGCAAAAACUUCAGCCUUCAUGAUAGUCAGUGAAGUUUCUCAUUUCAAAUGCAACAUAGGCUUGAAUGCAGGCAAUACUGAUGUUCCAGUCCAAGUGAGCGAAACCACAGGUUUGCAUUUACAAAUAGACACGUGCCAUUUGUGCGUCAGAUUGGCAUCUCCGCAAGCUGAGCAUGAAGCACCUGCUUAAGCAGCAAGUCAGACGGAUCCACACCACAGGUGGAAGUAUUGAUUUCUAUUUACACUAAUGCUUAGGCUCAGGCUGUGAUUUGACAAUUUAUGCUUUAAGCACUACCUGUCCUCAUUCUCUCCCCCUCUGUUCACCAGCCUAAUGCUCGAGGCUGGCACUUCUGUCUGCAUUACGGACAAAACUCUCCUGUUGGCGCAUGGGCCCAACUUCCAUUAACCUGAAUGUUGGCUGCAGUUGUCAGUGCACACAGUGAUGAAGGACAAGGCCAGUAACGUGUUUCUCAGCAGCUGUAUUUCUUUUCUAAAGUGGAUGUACAUUUUAUGUAAAAAGUAAAAUUAAAAUAUUCUACCUGGGACUGAUGAGUGAGCCUUCAGAUAAUUUUUAUUCAGAAUACAUACUAUGGAAAAGACAGCAUAAAAAAUGGUAGCAGUGGUAUUUUUUUUCCUUGAGAGAACAUCCGUACUGUGAAGUUUGAGUAUGGAUUCUUACUAGACGAAAUGUGGACUUACGCUAUUUUUCAAAUUUUCUCCUGUUCUUGUCAAUACAGGUAUGUAGCAAAAUCAAUUAAAUAUUCAACAGUUUUCCAGUUUCCUUUCUAAAUAUGACAUCUCAGCUGGAAUUAAUUGCCAGAAAAUAUUAUGCAAUGCACUUAUUCUUGGCCUGCUUAUUUCUUCAAGGCGUGGUUGUAUUCUAAUUAACCGGCACAAUAUAUUCAUCUUUUCAUGGAAAACAGCAUUGCACAUAAAGCCUACAGUUACACAAGAUGGUAAAAAUAACACACGGAAGGCAUUCCAAUACCUUUCUCAGUGAGUCAGGGGGUGCGUGCUUCUUAAUUUUCUAUUUCUGUACCCAUUAAAAUAAGAUAUCAAAAUAAUGCAUUUUGCAAUGGAGCUAAAAUUCUGUACAAUUUUGUACUAAUUCAAACCUCCAUGACUAAUGCAACUAGAUGUGCUUUCCUUUUUCCAGCAGAAUGAAGAAGUGGUAUUUUUGUAUGCAUUUUGAGUAUUACUAUUCUGUUUCUGCAUGACCGGUGUUAAAUUUGGAGCUACAUUUUAAGUUUUUUACUCUUUUAAAAACCUGCAUUUUGAAAGUAAUUGUUAACUAGAAAAUAAAGUCGUGCAUACUGAAAACAGCCUCCACAAAUCUGCCUGUUGGGUU